AAAUGGUAAUCUGUGAAAUAGCCCAUUUUUGGUCAGGAGGAACUGCACAAAGUAGAGCUGAAGGAAAUUUGAUUGACAUGGAAGGAGAAAACCUCUCAAAAAAUUGCAAUAUUACAGAAUGGCAAGACCCAGGCUUGCUUUGCAAUUGUACAGAUGCUGUCCCUCUUCACGAUGACAAGGCUUUGAAAGUUACAAAUCCAUUCUGGAAGGAACUAUCUGCUUCUAACCCAUUUCUGGAUGAUAUAACUCAGCUAAGAAAUAACCAGAAGAAAGAGAAUAUCUCCAUUUUGAAAGAAGAUCCUUUUCUUUUUUUAAGAGAAAUUGAAACUGGAAAUUCUUUUGAUUCCUCUGAUGAUGAACUUGAUGUGCAUCAAUUGCUCAGCAAGUCUCCCUUAAGAAAAUCAGGAAGAUCCAAAAGUGUUUCAGAACUUCUGGGCAUUUUAAAUGACACCACGAGUACUCAUCAGAGUAUGCAAGACUGUGACCAAAUCCUAGCACAAGACUUAGAAUGGCUUCAAAAUGAUCGAGAGGCUUAUAAAAUGGCUUGGUUAAGUCAACGCCAAUUGGCUCGCUCCUGCUUGGAUUUGAAUACAAUGAAUCAGAGUCCUGGAUGGGCCCAAACACAAGUUGCAGAGACAAUCACAGUUUGUAAACUCAACCACCAAGGAGGGUCCAUACAGUUACCUGAGUCAGACAUCACUGUUCAUGUGCCCCAAGGUCAUGUAGCUGUGGGAGAAUUCCAAGAGGUAUCUCUAAGGGCAUUUCUUGAUCCUCCACAAAUGCUUAAUAAUGAUCUUUCAUGCACUGUAAGCCCUCUGUUGGAAAUCAUGUUAAGUAACCUUAAUACAAUGGAAGCUGUUUUGUUAGAAAUGAAAAUUGGGGCUGAAGUAAGAAAGGAUCCUUUCAGUCAAGUGAUGACAGAAAUGGUGUGCUUACACAGCCUGGUCAAAGAGGGUCCUUUCAAAGUAUUAAACAACUGCUAUGUUUAUAAAGACACCAUCCAAGUCAAGCUGGUGGACUUGAGUAAGGUGAUGUAUCUAGUGAUUGCUGCACAACCUAAAGCUAUUCAGUCAUCACCUGCCACCAUUUGGGAUUACAUUCACAAAACCAUCUCAAUUGGAAUUUAUGGCCCCAAAUACAUCCAUCCCAAUUUCACUGCUAUUUUCACAGUUUGUGGACAUAGCUAUAUUCCAGGAAAGCUUACAAUCCCUGAUAUUAAAAAGGAUGGAAAAAGCACAUCUCCUGUUGUAUUUCAGCUCUGGGGAAGGCAUUCGUUUUUGCUUGACAAGCCGCAGGAUUUAAAUAUUUCUGUGUUUUCAUGUGAUCCUGAUUUUGAAGUAAAAGUGCAAGAAGAUGGGAAACAAAUUAAACAAAAGCAGUUGGAAUUAGGUGAGGUGGUUCAUCAACCAGUUUUCUUUUCUUUAGUGGACUGCAGAGAGAUGCACUUGUUUGUUUUCCGUGUUCAGGUGGAGCCUCCUAAUGGUAGACCAGUUGCACAGUUCUUUAUCACUUCACCUGAUCCGGCUCCCAACCUAAAAAGGCUCUCAAAUCUGCACAAGGAGAAAGAGGAAAAGUCCACGCCUUUAUUCUCAUCAGUGCUUGUUAAAUAUCCCACAUUCCAAGAUAAAAAAUUGAACUUUACCAACUAUGGGGUAACCCUGAAGACAGUGCUCAGACAAAACAAGAUUGACUACUUUCUGGAAUAUUUCAAAGGGGACACGAUAGCUCUUCUUGGGGAAGGUAAGGUAAAGGCCAUGGGGCAGUCUAAAGUGAAGGAAUGGUAUGUGGGAGUCCUCAGAGGGAAGAUUGGACUUGUGCACUGCAAAAAUGUCAAGGUGAUUUCAAAAGAACAAGUCAUGUCUGUGUCUGACAGUAUCUUUACAACCAGGAAUCUUCUUGAGCAAAUUGCCCUGCCCUUUAAAAAACUGACUUAUAUAUAUUCAGUUGUAUUGACCUUGGUGUUAGAAAAAGUUUAUGACUGGAAAGUUUUAGCCGGUGUCCUGGGGUACUCUCAUCUGGCACUGGAAAACUUUGAUCAAAUGCAAGCAGACAAAGAAUCAGAAAAGGUUUCUUAUGUUGUCAAGAAGCUAAAGGAAGAUUGCCAUGGAGACAGAAAUACAAGGAAGUUUCUUUAUGAACUUAUUGUGGCUCUGCUAAAGAUCGACUGUCAAGGGUUGGUAGUGCAUCUUCUCCAAGAAGCUGUUAUUCUGACUUCAGCUGUCAAACUUGGAAAAGGCUGGAGGGAACUUGCUGAAAAGUUAGUAAGACUCACCAAGCAACAAAUAGAGGCAUACGAAAUUCCUCACCGUGGAAAAACUGGAGAUGUUGCUACCGAGAUGAUGUGGAAACCUGCCUAUGAUUUUCUCUAUAAUUGGAGUGCUCACUAUGGAAAUAGCUACAGAGAUGUUUUACAAGACCUUCAAUCAGCUUUGGACAGAAUGAAAAACCCUGUAACCAAACAGUGGAGAGACUUAACUGGAGCUUUACUACUAGUAAAUUCUUUGGAGAUUUUGAGAGUAACUGCAUUCUCUACUUCUGAGGAUGUAUAGGAAUAGGGUGUGCUUUUUG